AUAUAUAAAAUAUAAAAAAGGAGGAAUCUGAAUGUAGGGUUAUGGAGUUAUGUUGUGUAAACGCAGUGGUAUGGGUGAGCACUAGAGGCUGUGUAAUGAAUGGUAGAAUUGGAUCCAAUGGCAUAGAUGGAUAAAGGUGGGCGUAUAAAUGGAAAUUAGGCGUACAUAUAGCAGGUUGAAAAAACUGAUCAGGAUGCCGUACCAGAAAAACAUGAACGAGGAAGGCAAAGCCAAAAUCAGAAAACCCAAACCCAGUUUAAUUUCAUCUAUCACCACCAAUUCCCAGACACUCUUCUCCGCCAUGGCGCGAAAACCUCUUCUUAAGCAAACCCUAGCUACGCUCUUCCUCCUCUUCGUCCUCUAUGCAAUCUUCAACGCCUUCUUCCACCCCACCUAUUCCUCCGCCUUCGACUCCCCCUUCUCCUUCAACUCCGCCUCCUCCGUCCUCCUCGCUGCCAGCGGCGCUAAAUUCCCCACCGUAAAAGUCUUCCUCUACGAUCUCCCCAGCAGGUUCACCCACGGUGUCAUCCGCCAUCACGCCCUCGCGCGUGGUGCACACUUCUCCCAACAACCCGAUGACGUCUCCUCCCUCAAGUACCCUGGCCACCAGCAUAUGGCCGAGUGGUACCUCUUUGCCGAUCUCUCCCGAGCCGAUUCCGAACGAUCAGGCUCGCCCGUGGUUCGCGUCAUGGAUCCCGAGGAAGCCGAUUUCUUCUUCGUGCCGUUCUUCUCGUCGCUGAGUCUGAUCGUGAACCCGCCUCGACCUCCUGGCUCCGGUGCAAGUUUGGAGAAACCGAUCUACAGCGACGAGGAGAAUCAGGAGGCGCUGGUGGAGUGGCUUGAGGAGCAGGAGUAUUGGAAGAGGAGCAACGGGAGGGACCACGUGCUCGUGGCUUCGGAUCCGAAUGCGAUGUACCGGGUUAUCGACCGGAUAAAAAAUUGUGUGCUGCUUGUCUCAGAUUUCGGGCGGUUGCGACCCGACCAGGGAUCGCUGGUGAAGGAUGUUGUUGUACCCUACUCGCACCGCAUCAAAACGUACCCUGGUGAUGUUGGUGUCUCCGAUCGCAAGACCUUGUUAUUUUUCAUGGGCAAUCGGUAUCGCAAAGAGGGAGGGAAAAUCCGUGAUAUACUCUUUCAAAUUCUUGAAAAUGAGAAGGAUGUCAUAAUAAAGCAUGGAGCACAAUCCAGAGAGAGUCGGCGGGCAGCUUCACAAGGAAUGCAUACAUCAAAGUUCUGUUUACAUCCUGCUGGAGAUACUCCAUCAGCCUGCCGACUGUUUGAUGCUAUAGUUAGCUUGUGCAUCCCAGUCAUUGUCAGUGAUAGUAUUGAGUUGCCUUUUGAAGAUACUUUAGACUACAGAAAAUUUGCCGUGUAUGUAGAAACUACUUCUGCUAUAAAGCCAGGAUAUUUGGUGUCAAAAUUGAGAGCUCUGUCCAAACAAAAAAUCUUAGAAUACCAAAAGGAACUAAAGGAGGUUAAGCGAUACUUCGAAUAUGAAGAACCCAACGGGACAGUUAAUGAGAUCUGGCGCCAAGUUACAAAAAAACUUCCCUUGAUUAAAUUGAUGAUUAACCGUGAGAAAAGGCUUUUUGGAAGGGAGUCGGUGUGCUCUUGCGUAUGCACAAACCAGACUGCGGUUAGAACCCUAUAGCACUUGUCCUUCUAUCAUGUUUGGCAUUCCGUGAAAUCAGUGGUCAGUUUUGUCAGGACGUUCCGAGGUGAUGAGGACACAUUUGAAUGAGCGAUAAUGAUGGUUGUAAAUAUGGUUUCUCUCAUUUCGCAUAUGGGUGACUUGACGAAACUUGAUAAUCUCAGUCUACUCAACAACUUGUCCACCAGGGAAUGCUUAUGAGAUAUACAACAGAAAGUUAUAUCUGCAAUUAUCAUUAUCCAUUACAUUAAAAGUCCUUUCAUGUAGUGUGGGGUUUGACUCAAGUACGAUAUGUCGAGUCUUCUGUGCAUAGAUUGUCACCUGAUAUGUACUGCGAGUAUACCCAACAAGUUCUGUUGUAGAUUCCAGUAUGCCCCUUUUAAGUUUAAGCGUUCAGAUUUAGAGUAGGAAGGAAAAUUAACAUUAUAGCGUGAUUGAACUGUACAGGAUGAGAAUAAAGGCAUUAUUAUUCUUUUGCAUCAUAAUAUAGUCUCUUUCUUGGUUUGAUUA